AGUGCCCGGCGAUCCUGCACCGGAUGGUCGCCGAGGGUGCCCUGUCGGUGGGGCUGCAGGCCACCUGCCGGAACCUGCACUUCGACCGCCAGGGCCGCCUCGUGCAGCGCCUGGCGGACCGCGGCCGCGGCCCGGACGGGGGCGCCCGCGCGGCCCCGGCGCCGCCGGGGGCGGAGCGCCUGGUGGAGGCAGGGGGCCAGGGGGCCCUGCUGGUGGGCGGCGACGACGGCAGGAGGCAGCUCGUCGACCUCGCGGCCGCCGCCGAGCAGGCCCGCGACUGCGGCGCGCUGUGCGGCAGCGGGACGCAGGUGGCGGAGCGGCUGGCCGAGGUGGGCAAGCUGGCCGUCAGGUACCAGGACAGCGCGCCCCCGGUGCCCUGCGACGUCGCCCUCGCGGAGGGCCUGGCCGAGCAGGCGCCCGGCGCUUCGGCGCCGGCCGCGCCGCAGCGCCGGAAGCGCCGGCGGAGGCGGCGCUUCGUGAUCGAGUCGGAGGCGUCCUCCGGGGAGGAGGACUCGGGGGACUCGCUGCUCGAGCGCCUGGGCCACGAGGUGCAGCUCGCGCCAGGGCCGCGCGGGAGUCCGCCGGGGCCGCCGGGCGCCCCCGAGGCCGAGGAGGGCCAGUGCCAGCGGCCGGAGCAGCCAGGCCUCCUGCGGCCGCCCCGGGUGGCCGGCAAGCGGACGCGGCACGCGGAGAAGAUCGGGCUCAGGAGGGGCCUGGAGCACGGCAACACCGUCGUCCUGCUGGCCCGGCCCGCCGCCCGCGCCGACGCUGCGCCGCCUGCGCCGCGGGG